AUGAUUAACGAGGUGGUGUUCACCUCGCGCCGCACGUGCAGGGACAUUCUGAGAGAUGUGUUCAUCAGCGUCAAGACGUCGGGCCAGUUCCACGCCACCCGUCUGCCCCCCAUCCUGGACACGUGGUUCAAACGCGUCCCCACUCAGACGUGGUUUUUCACGGAUCAAGAAGAUCCGGAGCUGCUACAAAGAACGGGAGGUCACGUGAUCAACACCAACUGUUCGUCAUCACACCACCGAGACGCCCUCUGUUGCAAGAUGGCCGUCGAGUACGACACCUUCAUGGCGUCUGGCAAAAAAUGGUUCUGCCACUUCGACGACGACAACUACGUCAACACCGACCAGCUGGCGCGCCUGCUGGACGGCUACGACGCCCGCCACGACUGGUACCUGGGCAGAAACUCCGUCCGCGCGCCUCUGCAGAUCAUGGACCGAGACCGGCCAGGGGAGCGGAUCUCAUUCUGGUUCGGCACCGGCGGCGCGGGCUUCUGCUUGAGUCGCGCCCUGGCGCUGAAAAUGUCGCCGUUCGCCAGCGGAGGCCGCUUCAUGCGCGUCGCCGAGAAGAUCCGUCUCCCUGAUGACGUCACUGUCGGCUACAUCGUCGAACACCUGCUGAAGGUGCCGCUGACCGUGGUGGACCGGUUUCACUCCCACCUUGAGCAGAUGAAGUUCAUCCGCAGCGAGGAACUGAGUGAACAGAUAUCGUUCAGCUAUGCCAGCGACGGGGAAGAAGAGAAUGUCAUCAACCUGGAGACAUUCAACAAGCAGAAGGACCCAACACGGUUCUAUUCUCUUCACUGCCUGCUUUAUCCAUCUACGUCAUUCUGUCCACGAUGACGUUGCAUCAAAUUCAUCAUUUAGCACUAAGGGCUUUCACUGCAGCAUAGUAAUUUCGUGCGGAGUUUGUCGACUGGAAAAUGUGUGGCGAACGUGUGGUCACGUGACCGUGCUGUCUGUGAUACGCUACCCUCCCUCACACGACGCGAGGUGAGGUGUGAUGGGAAAAUGUGAUAUGACGUGAUGAUGUGACGAAGAAUGUCAUGCUAUCACAUAGGGUGCUGUCCGGUUCUGCUCGUAUGCCAUGUGUAAACGUGAGGGUCCGUUCAAAAUGCGCCGAGCUGGGAUUGCGAUGGGCGGGACGGCGCUGUUCGCGUGGCGGCAGUAUUAGGCUUUGUCCCCUGCAGACAGCUGAUGCGCACCCUGCCGCCGCAUUAUCGCAGCAAUGCCGCUACACCAAGACGGCGUCAGUGCUCUAACCAUUCCACCUAUAUUUGUUCGCUAGAAACCGGGUGACUUGUGACUUUACUUAGAUCACGUGUGUGCUCGUAGGUGCCACGUGUUUCGAGAACUCGUAGCAAUUUGUGACGUAUCUGUACACUGAGAAUGUGUGACACCAAGACACAUCAGAAUUUAAAGCUGUGUUUUCAUCGUGCCGAUGAAAUCGUACGAUGUCGAUUUCGAUGAGUCUGGUUCGAAUUCAAAUUGUCGGUUGUGUCGAAUUCGAAAUGAACCGUUCGAAUCGAAAAAAUUGAUGAAUCAUAUCCAUAAUGCGGACAGUUUAUUCUAGCUGAACAUGAACUUUGGCUGGAUUUCGUCUCAGAUUAGGAAGGCCCCA